AUGUCCACUCCGGGAGAACGGAAGUUCUUCCAAAAACUCAUGGGACUAGAGGCUUGCAACCUGCUCAUCGGUUCUAAAUUUUAUGCAAAACACAGUAAUAGAAAAGAGUCUCCUGAUUCCGGAGGAAAGCCUGGUACGGUAGCGCCAGGUAGGACGGAGUUGCAGGAGUCAUAUAGGCUACCGAAACGGAUAAGGACUAGGAUGGCGAUCUGUACUUAUAACGCACGUACACUUGCAUCGGAAGCGGCCAUCGAAGAUCUGAUGAUGCAAGCCAAGAAGAUCAAGUACGACGUCAUCGGACUGACCGAGACCAGACGACGUCACCCUCUCAACGCCGCAUAUGAAACUGGAGAAGAAUUGUUCUUAGGAACAUGCGACAGUAAAGGUGUUGGUGGAGUUGGCGUCCUCGUCAACACGAGUAUGGCAAAGAACAUCGACUCUUUCGAACAACUUACGACCCGAAUCGGACGUCUGCGGAUGAGAAGAUGUGGUUCAACACCAGCUUUGACUAUCUUCGUCGCUUACGCUCCAACAUUAAGCUACUAA